AAUGAGCCACACAAUCGGUAGGUACUCGUAGUUACGUAUUUCCAGUAGGCUGUUCAAAGUUGUCAACUUUUUCUAAUCGCUCGUAGCCCUUCAAAAGUUUCAACUUGCCUCGCAGGUCUUCGCGGAUCGACUUCCAGGUACCCGUGCCAGGCGAAUGGCGAAUAAAUUGCACAUGCAUGCGAUAAUUGAUACUUGAAUGUUCGAUUUGUAUCGGGUGUUUGUAAAUAAAUUGAAAGAAAUUUUUUUAAAAUCACGUUUUCAUUAAUAAUCGUUUCGUCGUGCAAAUACGAGUAUAAGUCGGUGCAUAAAUUACGGUCUACGGUCUACCAUCCGCAAACUGGAUUUCUUUUACUAAAAAUUUUCCUCUCGGUGUCUAUUUAUGCUUUUCUCAUCGCUGCCAUAGAUGAGUACAAUUCGUAUCUACUGGAAUGGAAAGUGCUGAAGUUGCGCUCAAGUUGACAGGUAGCCAUGAAGAAGAUCCCAGACGAAAAUGGAAAAGUCAACUCGAUUCGGUUUUGGAGAAUAUUUGCAACACGAAAAGAAAAUGGCUAUGGUUGGUGUUCCUCGUCACCGCAUCGCCUGGUAUACUCAAUGGCAUGCAUAUCACGUCGUAUGUGUUCUUCGUUGACAACAACCCUCCGUAUUGUCACAUACCAGCGUUGGAAAAAGCAAACUGGACAGUCGAGCAGAUUAGGAAUAUAUCGUCGCCGAUAACGAAUUCCGCCCAGGAUCAAGGAUGUUGGUAUUACGACUGGAAUUACGACGAAUUGGCCGAAAAAUCAUUCGAAGAAAGCAAAGAGUUUUUAAGCAUGAUUAAAGCCAAGCCAGACGUACUUCCCUGUACCGAUUACAGAUACGAAAACUAUAAUUCGGUCAUUAGCGAGUGGGAUUUAGUUUGCGAUAGGUAUUACUAUCGAUCAAAUAUUCAAGCUUCUUACGCGUUGGGAAAGUUUUUUGGAGCUUCUUUUUUUGGCAUCAUUGCCGAUAAAAUUGGUAGAAAGAGUAGUUUUACUUUGGCGGCUUUGUGCUAUGUCGCAUCGGCAUUUUUAUCGGCCGCGUCCAGUUGGUUUUGCGUAUUCCUAUUAAUUCGCUUUUUGCUAGGGUUUGCCGGAGUAGGAUGUUACAGUACCGCAUAUACGUUAUUAUCGGAAACAAUGGUCGGAUCUUCUAAAACAUGGGUGUGUUGCUUGUUUAAUGCAUCUUACGCGGUUGGCAUGAUAAUAUUAUCGUUUCUGGCGAACCACGUGCAAUACUGGAAAACCUUACAAAUACUCAUGUCCAUUCCAACCAUCAUUCUUCCAUUUUAUUACUGGUUAUUGCCGGAAUCGCCUCAAUGGUUGUUGUCCAAAGGUAGGCCUGUCGAAGCUUGGGACGUGGUUAGAAAAAUUGAUUCUACCGUCGUACCUCCUGCUGAUCUUCCCAGAUUGUAUUGUCAAGUUCCAAUAAAUACGGACGAAUCGUCGACUGUUCCGAGGAAAUCGCUUUAUCAGAAAUUAUUACAACCUUUGUCCGAAUUCGUGAGCAUGUUCUCAACACCUCAACUCACGUUGAGAACGCUAGUCUGUUUUUAUAUUUGGUUCACCGUUUCCGCGGUUUAUUUCGGGUUAGUCAUGAAUGGUAAUAAUUUCAGCAUCGAUCGAUUCUCGUACAUAUUGUUGAAUGGUAUUUUGGAAAUAUUUAGUUAUGCUCUUCCCGUGCCGUUGUUAUCAGUUUGUGGUAGAAAAGCAGCUUCGUUAUAUUUAUUCUUUUUCACUGGGGCCGGAUUGAUAUCGAUUUUAUUUUUACCAAAGACGUUGAACGUGGUCAUUUUGGUGGUAGCUUUGUUCAGCCGAUUCUGCGUUACAUCAGUUUAUGUGAUAUUUGCUCUAUAUACUUCGGAAUUAUUUCCCACAGCGAUUAGAAAUACAGCUAUAGGAGCUUCGAUUACCAUGUCUCAUGUGGGUACACUAGUCAGCCCAUAUAUCGUCGAUAUACUGGGUCCUAUUAAAUGGUAUAUACCGAGCACCAUGUUCGGAUUGUUUGCUGUAUUCAGUAUGAUCGCCGUAUUACCUUUACCGGAAACGAAAAAUCAACCUUUGUUUAGUACUGUUGAAGAAAUGAACGAAGAGGCUGCGUCUCGUACUCGUACACGCCCCAAAUGAGUGAAGUUCUUUCUAUUAUUUUCUUAUUUAUUUACCGAAGGCGUGUGCAAUUGUUUAUGUUUAUGUUUUGUUCACAGGGUUAUUUUUUUUUUGAGAAAAUAAAUGACUAUUAUUUUGAUAAAUCAAA